GGGGCGGGGAGGGCAGCGGAUUGAGGCGGCUCUCGGCUCGGCCCGGCCCGGCAGUCGCCGCCUGUCGGGUCCCGCGGGCAGCCGUACCUGCCGCCUUCCCCGCCGCCGCGCCUGCCGCCACCGCCGCCGCCGGGGGAGCCGGGGCACGCCGCAGGCGCCGCGCGGCAAUGCGGGGCCGUGGCGGCGCCGAGCCCUGACUAAAGAUGGCCGCGCUGCCCGGUGGGAACAUGGCGGGGGGCGGCCGGGGGGCGCGGAUGGUGGUGGUGCUGCUGCUGCUCGGCGGCUGCCUGGGCCGGCGACCCCCGGCUGCAGCCGCUGCCGCGCCGCCUGCCGCCGUUGCCGUCCCCCCGUCGGCGGCGGCGGCAGAGGAGACGGUGAUCAUCGGCCUGCGGCUGGAGGACACGGACGACGUCUCCUUCAUGGAAGGGGGCGCGCUGCGGGUGAGCGAGCGGACGCGGGUGAAGCUGCGGGUCUAUGGGCAGAACAUCAACAACGAGACCUGGUCGCGCAUCGCCUUCACGGAGCACGAGCGGCGGCGGGGCGGGCGGGCGGCGGCGGGGGCGGCGGGGCGCGGCGGCGGCGGGGGCGGCGGCGGGGUGACGGGCGGCGGCGGCGCCCCGCAGCGCUGCGGCAUCCGCACCUCGGACAUCAUCAUCUUGCCGCACAUCGUGCUCAACCGCCGCACCUCGGGCAUCAUCGAGAUCGAGAUCAAGCCCCUGCGCAAGACGGAGAAGAGCAAGUCCUACUACCUGUGCACCUCCGUCUCGGCCCCUGCCGCCGCCGCCUUGGGGCCCGGGGCCGCCGGAGGGCUGUCGGGCGCCGAGGGGCCAGCCGGGCCCCCGCCCUGGGGCGAGACCACGUGGAUCUACCAUGACGGUGAAGACACCAAGAUGAUCGUGGGCGAGGAGAAGAAGUUCCUGCUGCCCUUCUGGCUGCAAGUCAUCUUCAUCUCUCUCCUCCUCUGCCUCUCGGGCAUGUUCAGUGGCCUCAACCUGGGCCUCAUGGCCCUGGACCCCAUGGAACUGCGCAUUGUGCAGAAUUGCGGCACGGACAAAGAGAAGAACUAUGCCAAGCGCAUCGAGCCUGUGCGCCGCCAGGGCAACUACCUGCUCUGCUCCCUCCUGCUAGGCAAUGUCCUGGUCAACACCACACUUACCAUUCUUUUGGAUGACAUUGCCGGCUCUGGGCUGGUGGCCGUGGUGGUCUCCACCAUCGGUAUCGUCAUCUUCGGCGAGAUCGUGCCGCAGGCCAUUUGCUCUCGGCACGGUCUGGCCGUGGGCGCCAACACCAUCUUCCUCACCAAGUUUUUCAUGAUGAUGACCUUCCCGGCCUCCUAUCCCGUCAGCAAGCUGCUGGACUGUGUCCUGGGCCAGGAGAUCGGCACGGUCUAUAACCGUGAGAAGUUGCUGGAGAUGCUGCGUGUCACCGACCCUUAUAAUGAUCUAGUCAAGGAGGAGCUCAACAUUAUCCAAGGAGCCCUGGAGCUGCGCACAAAGACUGUGGAGGAUGUGAUGACUCCCCUCCGAGACUGCUUCAUGAUCACUGCCGAGGCUAUGCUCGACUUCAACACUAUGUCUGAGAUCAUGGAGAGCGGUUAUACCCGCAUCCCUGUUUUUGAGGGUGACCGCUCCAACAUCGUGGACCUGCUCUUUGUUAAGGACCUGGCUUUUGUGGACCCUGAUGACUGCACCCCACUUAAGACCAUCACUCGCUUCUACAACCAUCCGCUGCACUUCGUUUUCAAUGACACCAAGCUCGAUGCUAUGUUGGAGGAGUUCAAAAAAGGCAAGUCUCACCUGGCUAUAGUACAAAGAGUGAACAAUGAAGGAGAAGGGGAUCCUUUUUAUGAAGUCCUGGGAAUUGUCACGUUAGAAGAUGUGAUUGAAGAAAUCAUCAAGUCUGAAAUUCUGGAUGAAACAGAUCUGUACACUGAUAACAAGACGAAAAAGAAAGUGGCUCAUCGGGACCGGAAGCAGGACUUCUCCGCCUUCAAGCAGACAGACAGCGAGAUGAAGGUUAAAAUAUCACCGCAGCUCCUCCUGGCAAUGCACCGGUUCCUGGCAACAGAAGUAGAAGCAUUUGGUCCAUCCCAGAUGUCAGAGAAGAUCCUUCUCAGGCUGCUAAAACAUCCCAAUGUCAUCCAGGAGCUGAAAUAUGAUGAGAAGAACAAGAAAGCCCCAGAACACUACCUCUACCAGCGAAACAAGCCUGUCGACUACUUUGUUCUCAUUUUACAGGGGAAGGUGGAAGUGGAGGCUGGGAAAGAGGGGAUGAAGUUUGAAGCUGGUGCUUUUUCCUACUAUGGGGUGAUGGCCCUCACAGCAUCACCAGUUCCCUUGUCCCUGUCUCGUACCUUUGUUGUCAGCAGAACAGAGUUGUUAGCAGCAGGUUCUCCAGCUGAAAACAAGUCUCCACCUCGUCCCUGCGGCUUGAAUCACUCAGACUCUUUAAACCGAAGCGAUCGCAUCGAUGCGGUGACACCGACGUUAGGGAGCAGCAACAACCAGCUGAAUGCAUCAUUCCUGCAAGUGUAUGUUCCAGACUACUCAGUGAAAGCACUCACAGACAUUCAGUUUGUCAAGAUCUCAAGACAGCAGUACCAAAAUGCCCUGAUGGCAUCCCGGAUGGACAAAACACCUCAGUCCUCGGACAGUGAAAACACUAAAAUCGAACUGACUCUGACGGAGCUGCACGACGGUUUGCCAGACGAGACGGCGAACUUGCUGAACGAGCAGAACUGUGUGACUCACAACAAGCCCAACCACAGUAUGCACAGUGAAGGAGCCAUCUAGGAGCUGACUCCCCACAAACCCACUCAUCCCACCUCCUCAGCAGGACCAGCCCUCGCUCCUUCCUGCCUCCUCCCUGAGUGUGAACACCGUUAGUACGUGCUUGCAACACUGUGCUGCAUCCAGUGUUCUGAGACCAAAGACUUUUGCGUCUGUUCUGGGAGCAGAAGAGGACGAAACAGGAAGAAAGGAGCAAAGAGCAAGAGAGACUUAAAGCCCCAAGUGCACUUGGGGAAUGGUGAGCCGCCCUUGAGAACAAUGAAAGUACUUCUUGCAAAGUAGAAUCAUGUUUAUUUUUUAUCUGUAUUUUUGAUCCUCGUUGGGUUUUUUUUCCUCCUCAAACACACGUGGAGAAGUCUGAGGGCUCCUCCAGUUAUUUUUUUCAAGAGAGAUCAUGUUUUUAAAAAGUAUUUUGCAGAGUUUUAAAUUGUUUCUGUCCCUCCAGAACCUCAAAUGGGCUCUGUCAUGGUUUUGUGAAUUAGCUCCAGUGUCCUUAGGUCUCUUUUCACCCUUUUUCACGUCAUUUUUGUUGCCCUGUUGGAGAGGUUAGUAACUGGUACUUGUAUGUUAUUUGUGUCCUAAGAAUGUGUGAGCUUCAAGGAACCUCUAGUUUCAGUCACCUGGAGGGCCAAGGGAUGAGUUAUUACUGCAUUCUUCCAGUUAUGUUUCAGGGAAGGCAUGGUUACUUUGCUGUUUAAUGAUCUCUCAAACUUCAGAAGGUUUCUUUGUACAAUAGGCAAAAGCAUUGUUAUGCUUACAGUUUUGUAACUGUAAUAACCUUGCAUAUGUUGAAGGUGGGGGGAAAAAGGAGUUAAUUGGCAAAACUGCAGUCUUGUGGAAUGAAACCUGGGUGUAAUUUUCCACAGUGAAGUAACUGGGAGAUUUUUUGAUUGGUGUUCCUGACAGUUGCAUGGUAAAGUAAUGUGCACAGCCCUCCUGUGCUGUAGUGGUCUGCACACCGCUACCUUGGCCAGAGCAGAUGUUCAGGCUUUGCUAAGUAACAAGAGAACAUCAGUUUCCAUCCCCCUUUCCAUCUCUAGUAUUAACACAAAAAGUGCUGCUAUGGUUAUGCCCAAAGUACAUCCUCCAGGUGACAGUGAACCUUUGCCGGUGCCAGGAUGGGCUCUGCUGAGGAGUCAGGACCAUUCUUUUCUCUCCAAGAGCUGACAAAACUUUCCAGACGCGAGUGUGUUGCACUUCAGGGAUUUGGUGAGGUUCUUUUCCAGGCUGUCUGUAGCCACAUUCCUUCCUUGGAGCAGAUUUAGUGCAUUUCCCUCUCUCUUACCCCUUUUAGCAGCCAUUUUACAGAUUACCGUGGUAGUAGAACAGAAUUUCCCACCCAGGUGCUGCUACUGCAGGGCACCCUGAGUUGGGCAGCAGAAACCAAUUCCUCCACUCCAAAAAACUGAAUGCAGACUGGAUGCAAGCAAGAGGCACACUGUGGCAGCUGUGCAUCACACAUUCCCCACUUCCACAGAUGGAAUUUAGGUCCUCAAAUGUAAAACAAAAUAUAAAAUCCCAGUUUCCCCCUCACCCUCUCCCCUUCCAGUGCUGUCUCAAACUAAAUGUGAACAUUUCCCUCGGUAUCUGAGGCGAUUAAUAAAUCAGGCAUUGUGGUUUGUCUGUUUUGAGACCCUUCUGUGGCCCCUGGCUAUGUAGCAUUUCCUUUCCUUUCUUUACACUUGGUCAAUCUCAUCUGACCCUCAGAGAAGCCCCAAGCCCCAAAUGCAACUGCCAGAGCUCUCUGUGUCUGCAUGCCUGCCCUGUCUCUCCUCCUUACAGGCUGGGGAAGGCACUUGCCGCAAGUUGCUGUGGUCCAUCUUUGCCAAGGGUGGCUGGAAAGGUGCAAUAUUUUGCUGCAGGAUCUCCCCACAGGAAACUGGAGUGCGUGUGUGUCAGAGUCAGUUUGGUCUGCUUGUAUCUCUCCUCCUCUUCUGGCUUCAGAAAGCAGCCUUAAUUCGGCUGCGCUUCCAAUGGGAAAGACACACUUCUCCCAUGGAGCCAUCCCUGAGGAUGAAGGAGACACAGAAAUUGCACAAUAUCUAACCUGUGCACCCAGUGAGGAGGAAGUGGGAGCCCCCAAACCCUUACUCUGGUGUUUAGCUUUUAAUUAACAUUUUUUGAGUCCCAUCUGAGAGUGUUUCCUUAGACUCCAUCCUCGCUCUGAUACGCACCGGCCUGCCACGGCCGAGAGGACGCGGCCUGGCGUCAGCACGGUCUGACGUAAGCCCUGCUCGCUCCCAGAGAGCUGCCAAUAUUGCACCUUUCUCCUGAAGCAAAGUGUUGAGCUGUUGCAGCCUUUGUCUUUGGCGAGGGACUCGCCUCUCCAGUCUGCACCUGGCGCUGCUGAACGUGCAAGUUUGUUGAAGGCGUUUGACUCGGUGGUGAGCUCGAGAUGCAGUAUCUUGUUCUGUCAAGCCUGCCAAAGGGAGGGAAGGCUCAAGUCAAAGGCAGCUCUCUCUCUCUCUGGGAUGAGGUUGCUCACUGGAUCUGACUUCUGCUUCUUGUGGCAGGUUGGGGCUUUGUUUCAGUGUCUGUUUCCCUAUUUAAAAAAUAAAAAUUGGGGGGGGGGGGA